AUGGGAAAAAUUUCGUUAACAAUAGAAAUAGGAAAGACCAAAUGCAUUGAACAAGAUUUCAUCGCCGUAGGGGAUGAGAUGCAAUUUCAAGGAACUAUGUUAAUCGGACUCGACUUUUUACAUAAAUUUAAGGUGAUUAUUUGUUGGUCACAAAAACUAAUGAAAAUCUGCAACUACGAGAUUCAAUUGGAAACAGAGGAAGAUCAAGUUAGAGCAAUGACAACAGGAAUUAUGCCAAGCAAGAAAUCAGUAAUAAAUGAAGAAGAAUUAGAAAUAAAUGAAGAAGAAUUAGGAUCACAGAAUAACUUCCAGGACGAAAAAACGACUUACCGAAAAAUGACUCCCAACAAUGACCAAGAUAAAGAAAACAGAGAAAUAAAUGAGGUAAAAGGUAUCCCGAUAGACGGGAAGGGGGUCCCGAUGGGCGGGACAAAUAAAAAAGGUAUCCCAUUAAAUGGGAAGGGUAUUCCGAUAGACGGGAUAAAUAAAAAAAGAAAGAAAUGUAACCCAAUAAAUGGGAAGGUGAUUCCGAUAGACGGGAAGGGGAACCCGAUGGGCGGGAUAAAUAAGAAAAAGUCCUCUUCAGAAAAUAGCAUGCAUGCACAAACAAAUGACAACGUGACCACUGACAUUGAAUGGUCGUCUCAUCCACAACAGGAUCCAGGAUGUAACAAGGAGAUUCAUGACCCAUCAAGCAAAGGGGACGCUCUUUGCAAGAAGGAUGAUCAUAUAACGAAUCUACCACAAGGCCAUCAAUCAGAGGAAACGUCCCGAAUUAGACUACUAGAACAAAUUAUCGUCCCAGCUCGAUGUAGAGCAAUUUGUAUAGGAAAAAUGGAAAAACCAAUAAACGCAGAAGUUAUUCUAAUUGACGCUUACCAGCAUCAACACAAUGGUAUGCUAACGGCACGGACUUUAAAUGAAAAUCAAGAGACCGUCAUUGCUCAAGUUCUAAAUCUCACGAAUCAACCAAUCAAACUGCAGAAAGAAGAAAUUAUAGGAAGGGCAUACGCGGUGGAAACACUACCGUCACUCAUAGAAAAUGAAAAUCAAAUAAGAAACAUUCAAGUGGACGCUGCGGAAAUCGAAAAACUUUUACAAACUUUAACUUACCCAAGGGAAGACAUGGAAAUGUGUAAAGAAUUUGAAGAGCUAAUUAAAGAAUACCAUGACAUAUUUCGCGCUCCUGAUCAAAGAUUAACAUGUACCACUGAGGUAAAACAUCGAAUUAUCACAGAACCAGUACCUCCCAUUUCAAAACGGCCUUAUCGAGUACCGUACCAUCGCAAACAUAUUUUGGAUAAAGAAAUCCAAACACUCUUAAACAACGAUAUUAUACAAGAAAGUUCUUCUCCAUGGUCAGCACCAGUCAUCCUUAUCGAGAAGAAGAGACACCCGGGCGAAGAUCCUGAAUUUCGCCUAUGCAUCGACUACAGAGAAUUGAAUAAAAAACAAUUGAUCAACUAA